AUGGCCUCCCCUGGUGGAAGUUCUGUCAAUGGCCGCUCCCAAGCAGCGAAGGGCUUCUGUGCAGUUAGAGUCCCAUGUUUGAUUGACUCGGCUCCCAAGCUGAUGUUUACACGGCUGUAUUCAUCUUGCUCCGAUGGCUGUGACAUGCCACCCGGAUGCGGUGAGGCUGACAGCGAAUGUGAGGGGGACCAGACAGAUGACAACGUCUCCGUUCUUCAGAGCCCAGGAGAAAUAUUUAAGAUAUUUAUCCUAUUUAGCAGCCGAGCACUGAUCAAUUGGAAUGGAAGUUGGCUACAAACAACUCGUGGGCCUUCUGAGGGAGCUGAACCUCUUCCAUGCAGGGGGGCGUCUGCCCGUGGGCAUGAGAGAGAAGCAGUCUCGCGGGCUGGUGGCUUGAGAACACAAUUGAUGAAGAAUCGACGCGUGCUUUCUCUUCUGCACCUACUGCUCUUCACAAGGGGAAGAAUUCCAAAUCUGGACUGUUUCAGGGGACAGCUAAUCUUUCCACAGUGGGGCUUCUCCCAAUCUUCCUUCCUACUGAAGGAUUUGUUUAUCACCAAAUGGAGACAAAGAAAAUCCACAUUCUUCAAACACAUUUGGGCUCCAUCAACAAUUGCAUAUAAAAUAAAAGGAAAAAAACCAAGUGUUCUGAAACCUUUCUGGAAGAAGGCAAAUCUGCAUCUAAUCCCAGAGGAAGAGGCGACUUUUCACUUCACAGCAUGAUUUCUUCAUUAUAGCUGUGUGACCACAGCAUGGGAUAGUUCCAAAAGACAGUAGCCAAUAUUAUAAUUAUCUACAUAAAACAAUUCACUGGGUAGCCUUUGUUUUUUGAAGUUUUUUAUUUGUGUACAACAGUCUUUUAUCUCGAUGUGAUAUAGCCAGAUUUAGGGAAAGAAGGGCAGAAUCUGAGCUUAG